UAGUGGAGCUGAACUGUGCGCAAGCCAGAAGUCGUAGUAAACUUUUAGUGCGGGGAGUUGAGUAAUACAGACGAGCGUGAGCGUGCAUUUCAGUUCACUCCAAGUGUUUGUAGCGUACAGAGUUUGGUUGACCCUGUGGUGUGACCGGGUUGUUGUUAAAUUUCAUUGUUCAGUUCCAAACAAUCGACUUCCUAGAAUUGGUUCGUUAAAGAAAUACUUUGAUACACUCAAUAUUCACGCUAAUAAAAGCUUUCUCGUUUAAAAUUUCGAUCAAUAACUGCUCAUUGUAAAAUUAAUGCCGCAAUUGAAAUAUUAAUUAACAAAGUACAGACUUUAGCUUCCUAACAGGAUAUUGGUAGAUAAAAAAAAUUUUGACUUUCAUCACUAGUCAAGAUCAAAAGCUAUGAAAACUAAAAUUGAUAAUUAAGAUUUAAAUAUCCUAUCUGGAAUAUUGAUCAAGAUAAAGAUGGACAAAAAUUCAAAAUGUUUGGAAAUAGAAGCCGAUACCGAUAUUGUGCCGUUUGGACAAGUGAACAGAAUGCCACCGGUUGAUAUCGAAUUCAACGAUCUUACCUAUACUGUUCCUACUGGGAGGAAAGGAAGUAAAGUCAUUUUGAAAGGAGUCAGUGGUCAAUUUCGAUCUGGAGAAUUAACAGCAAUCCUUGGUCCAUCAGGAGCAGGAAAAUCUACUUUACUCAAUGUGCUAGCUGGUUAUAAAUGCAAUGAAGUUGGAGGAAUGAUUACCAUUAAUGGUCAACCACGAGAUCUUCAGGAUUUUAAAAAAUUAUCUUGUUACAUUAUGCAAGAGGAUCUUAUUCAACCAAAGCUAACAGUUUUUGAAUCUAUGCGUUUUGCAGCAGACUUAAAACUUGGAACUAAAAUUUCUAAAAUUUCUAAAAUGACCAUUAUAAAUGAAAUUCUGGUAACGUUAAGACUGAAAAAUGCAAGGAAUACAAUAACAGAAAGAUUAUCAGGUGGUGAAAGGAAAAGACUCUCUAUUGCAUUAGAACUCGUGAAUAAUCCACCAGUUAUUUUUCUGGACGAGCCAACUACGGGCUUAGAUGAAAUGUCAUCAAUACAAUGCAUCGAUUUACUCCAAAGGGUAGCCCAAGGUGGAAGAACAGUAAUCUGUUCAAUUCAUACACCAAGUGCAAGUAUAUUUGCCAAGUUCCAUCACGUCUAUAUUGUAUCAUCAGGUCAAUGUGUUUAUAGAGGUUCAGUGAAUAGCCUCGUUCCUUACCUUGACUCUAUUGGAAUAGAAUGUCCGAAACAUUAUAAUCCAGCAGACUUUGUUAUUGAAGUAUCCAGUGGUGAAUACGGAAUCGAAUUAGUUGAAAGAAUGGUGAAUUAUGUUGACAAGAGAUUUCCAAUUACUCCUAUCAAGAAGUCAUAUGAAGUAGACUAUCAUGUUGAUAAGAAAAAAUUGAAGGCUCCGUGGAAACAUCAAUUUUUUGUUUUAUUCCAGAGAAUGAUGCUGCAGUUUUAUAGAGAUAGAAAUUAUAUGUUCCUAAAAAUGUCCCUACAUGUCUUUUUGGGUCUUGUCAUUGGUGGUCUAUUUCUUGGCGCAGGAAAUGACGGUUCAAAGACGAUAUUUAAUUUCGGAUUUUGUCUAGCAUGUAUUAUAGUAUUCCUCUACGUGCCUAUGCUUCCAAUUCUAUUACACUUUCCAUCUCAGGUAUUAUUACUAAAGCGAGAACAUUUCAAUCGAUGGUAUGAUCUUAGCCCUUACUUCACAGCUUUAACAAUAUCAACUAUUCCUCCCCAAUUAAUCUUGAGUACCAUUUAUCUCACGAUGGUUUAUCUCAUCUCAGAACAACCGCUGGAAUUAUUCAGAUGUGCAAUGUUCUUUAGUACCUGUUUUGUAUGCGCUUUCAUCGCAGAAACCAUGGCUUUUGCUAUUGCCAGUACACUAAGUAUUGUAAAUGGAAUGUUCGUGGGACCAGCACUAACGGUGCCCUUAAUGCUGGUCGCAGUCCAAGGACUUGGGAGUCCGGAACCCUUGCCUAUUUAUCGAACUCUUGUAAUGUAUCUUAGUUACAUAAGAUACGGUCUUGAAGCGUUGAUAGUUGCAACUUAUGGUUACGAUCGAGAGAAACUCCCGUGUCCACCUGAAGAAGAUUAUUGCCACUAUCGAGUUCCACGUGAGCUUUUACGAGCCAUGGGAAUGGAACAUUGUGACUUUUGGGUAGAUUUUGGCGCACUGAUUGCAAUUUUAAUCAUUUUAAAAGUCAUUGCAUUCUAUCUUCUAAAGCAGAGAUUACGACCAAAUAAGACGUUUCAAACUUUAUAUCUUAUUGGAAGACUAUUGAAGAGCCACUUCAGCGUCGAGUGAUAUUAUUGUAAUCAAUAUGAUAACAAAAAACUUUGUAUUUGAUUAUUUAUAAGGAAAACAAACUUAAUCUGUUAAAAUAUAUGAGUAAGCAAGAGUAUCGGGAUUUAUAACGUAAGCACGUGCAACGUAGACUGAUUUGUCAAUUAAAAUAAUGAUAAAUAGAUUACUGACUAAGGAAAAAUUGAUAAUAGAACUAGCGAAUUUUUUUAUAUAUCAUUACAACACAUAUGUGCAAAUAAGAAGUGAAUAUCAUUAUUCACAUAAUGCUACUUGUAUUUUAUAAAAAUAUUUAAUAACAAUUAAAUAAUGUGUUUAUGAUGAAAUGAAAAAGUUGGAGAAAAUUGAAAGAAUAAUUGAAUCUUUAUAGAAUUUCGUAUGAAACUCAGGAAUAUUUUCUAAUAUGUUAACAAAUAUUUAUAUUUAAAAACUGUUAAUUUUUA